CCACCUCCUGCGAUGGUGCGGAGAGGAGAUCGCGUCCAACAUAUAAAUGAAGAUACUCGCCUUCGCCCUCGAUCUGUUGCAUUCCAGAUCUCUUCACAUCCCUGCAUCCUCGCCUGGCACAUUCCCCAUCUUAUCACUCCGAACUGCCAAAAAUCCCUCCAAGAAUGUUCUUCCGACAAGCGCUCCUUGCCAGCACGGCGGUCUUGUCCUUGUCUGUGGCUCUUCCCACGACCGACCCAAAUGUUCCACACUCGCUGUCUCCGCGCGAUGAUACGCAGUGCGGUGCAGGGACGACCUUCUAUGCGUGUUAUCUGAAUCACUUCCGGGGGUGCUGCUCUGUCGAUCCCUGCGCCCUAGAGGCGGGUUGUCCGGACAACCCGGCCAACAACAACAACCACCACCACCACUAUAGCUACAGCACGGAAGACACCCAAAUCAGCUGUCCUGCCUCAGGCACGCAAGUCUUCCAGCCGCAGAUGGAGCUGAUCUUCCCGACCGAACCCGCCGCCUCUCCCUUUCCCACCCCGGAUUUGAAUCUCUCCCGCUCCGCCACCACUCAAUGGGACCAACUGAUGACCUUCACUCUGCCCACCGAGGCCCGCCACUGCACCCUCGGCUGGACUAUCCCCGCACACCGCAACUUCACCGCGGGCUCCAACGCCUUGGUCCGCGUUCUCGAGAACGUCGCCCCCGGCAAUAUCACCCGCAUCGGCGCCGCCGAUUUCUCCUACUGGCCGCAGACCCCUGGGCCCCACGAGGCCCUGGUCGGAACCAUGGACUGCAAAGAGCAACUGCAGUUUCACUUGACUCUGGAGCAUCGAGACGCUGUCUACAUGGCUCAGGAUGCGCAAACGGGUUGGUGGGUGCGAUACACAUGCUGAUGAACUGAUGACAGAAGUGUUGUAAGGUUGCAUGUAGGGUUCGGCGCUGACGCUUAUUCUUGUAUUUCACUUGGCAGCGUGAUGGGUAACGAGUAUGUAGGUAUAUAGACG